AUGGCUUUCACGUUCACAGCCCUGCUCUGUGUGGGACUUACUCUGGGCAUCGGGGUACCAGUGCUGGCAGGAUCCCUCCCUAAACCUAUCCUCAGAGAACAGCCAGACACUGUGGUCUCUGCGAAUACUACAGUGACCUUCUUGUGUAUUGGGACUGUGGAAGCAAAAGAGUACAGGCUCUAUAAAGAGGUAUACCAAGGCCUACAGCUCACAGAGAUUCCACAGAACCCUAAGAACCAGGUUGAAUUCUCAAUCUCAAAAGUACACCGUAUGCAUGCAGGGCGAUAUUGCUGUCACUAUAGGACUCAUGAUGGAUGGUCAGAGUCCAGUGACUCCCUGGAGCUCGUGGUGACAGGUGUCUACAGUAAACCCAGCCUGUCAGCCCUGCCCAGCCCUGUGGUGACUGAAGGAGGGAAUGUCACCCUCCAGUGUGCCUCAACUCAGCCUUAUCACAGGUUACUUCUGACUAACAAAGGAUCACAGAAACAGUCCUUUACUAAAGACUCACAGUAUAAUCAAUCUACUGGACAGUUCCAGGCUCAAUUCUCUGUGGAUCCUGUGACCUCCAGUCAAAGAUGGACAUUCAUGUGCUACAGCUAUCAUAGUUACAGCCCACAGGUGUGGUCAGAACCUAGUGAAGCCCUGGAGCUCCUGGUCUCAGGGGCCCUCCACAAACCAACCAUCAAGGCUCAACCAGGAUCCGUUGUAGCCUCAAGUAUAUUCAUGGCCAUUUGGUGUCAGGGGAACAUGGAUGCAGAAAUCUAUAUUCUGCAUAAAGAGGGAAGUCAAAAAUCCAUGGACAUGCAAACCCCAGAGAAGCCUAAGUACAAAACCAAGUUCUCCAUCCCUUCUGUGACACGUCUACAUGCAGGGCAAUAUCACUGUUACUGUUACAGCUCAGCUAGCUGGACAGAGCGCAGUGACACCCUGGAACUGGUGGUGACUGGUGAGGGGACACUGUAUGAGCCCAUGUAUCAUAAACCCAGGCUGUCAGCCCUGCCCAGCCCUGUGGUGAUCUCAGGAGGGAACAUGACUCUCCAGUGUGUCUCAGGGGGGAGAUAUGACAAGUUCAUUCUCACCAAGGAAGUUCAGAAGUUCCUCAGCUACAUGGACUCACAGUAUAUACCCCAUAGUAUGCAGUACCAAGCCUUGUUCUUUAUAGAUCAUGUAACAGCAAACCUCACAGGAACAUUUAGAUGCUAUGGUUACUACAAGCAGACCCCACAGCUGUGGUCAGUACCCAGUGACCCCCUGGAAAUACACAUCUCUGGCCUAUCUAAGAAGCCUUCCUUGCUGACUCACCAAGGCCAUAUCCUGUACCCUGGAAAUAACCUCACCCUGCAGUGUUGCUCUGACAUCAAAUAUGUCAUAUUUGUUCUAUACAAGGUAGGAGUAUACUUCACCCAACACUAUGGCCAUGAAACCCAGGCUGGUCUCUCUUUGGUCAACUUUGCACUUGGCUCUGUGUGCAGCUCUACUGGAGGCCAGUCCAGAUGCUAUGAUGUUCACAACCUCUCCUCUGAGUGGUCAGCCUCCAGUGACCCCCUGGAUAUCCUGAUCACAGGACAGUUUGAGGUCAGUCCUUCCCUCUCAGUGAAGCCUAACUCCACGGUACACUCGGGAGACAAUGUGACCCUGUUGUGUAAGACAGCUGACAUAGUGGACACCUUCAUUCUGUCUAAGGAGGAAGCAGCACACCCACCCCAGCAACUAAAACCAAAGUUCCAAGCUUGGGAGUUCCAGGCAGAAUUCUCCAUGAGUGCUGUGACCUCUGACCUCUCAGGCACCUACAGGGGCUAUGUUUCUGAAGGCUCAUCUCUCUACCUGUUGUCAUAUGCCAGUGCCCCUGUGGAGCUCACUGUCUCAGGUUCCCUAUCCUCAUCAUCCUUUUUCCCCAAGCCCCCCCAUCCUCCCCUUCCCUCAAAGAAACAAGAUCAUACAGUGGAGAAUCUCAUCAGAAUGGGGUUUGCUGUCAUGGUCCUCAUAGUCCUUGGGAUUCUGGUCUUUGAGGUUUGGGGCAGCCAGAACCUGUCCUCAUGGACCCUCCACAAACCCACCAUCAAGGCUGAACCAGGAUCCAUUGUAGCCUCAGGAAUACUCAUGACCAUCUGGUGUCAGGGGAACCUGGAUGCAGAAAUCUAUGUUCUACAAAAAGAGGGAAGUCAAAAACCCUUGGACAUGCAAAUACCAGAGAAGCCUGAGAACAAAACCAAGUUUCCCAUCCCUUCUGUGACACAUCUACAUGCAGGGAAAUAUCACUGUUACUAUUACAGCUCAGCUGGCUGGACAGAGCGCAGUGACACCCUAGAGCUGGUGGUGACAGGAAUCUACAACAGUAAACCCAGGCUGUCAGCCCUGCCCAGCCCUGUGGUGACCUCAGGAGGGAACAUGACUCUCCAGUGUGUCUCAGGGGAGAGAUAUGACAAGUUCAUUCUCACCAAGGAAGAUCAGAAGUUCCUCAACUACACGGACUCACAGUAUAUACACCAUACUAGGCAGUACCAAGCCUUGUUCUCUAUAGAUCAUGUAACACCAAACCACAAAGGGACAUUCAGAUGUUAUGGUUACUACAAGCAGACCCCACAGCUGUGGUCAGUACCCAGUGACCCCCUGGAAAUACACAUCUCUGGCCUAUCCAAGAAGCCAUCCUUGCUGACUCACCAAGGCCAUAUUCUGGACCCUGGAAAGAGCUUCACCCUGCAGUGUUGCUCUGACAUCAGCUAUGACAGAUUUAUUAUGAACAAGAUGGGGGGUGUUAACCUCAAACAUCACUGUAACCAGUGUACAGAGUCUGUCCUCUACUUGGCUAGUUUCACCUUGGGCUUGGUAAACAAUUCUACCUGAGGUCAGUAUAGAUUUUAUGGUACAAACAAUCUCUUCUCUGAAUGGUCAACCUCUAGUGACAUCCUUGACAUCCCAAUUACAGGACAACUUCCUGAUACACCUUCACUCUCAGUGAAGUUGUAUUCCACAAUACACACAUGAAGGAACAUGACAAGACUGUCAAUGUCCAAAGUGGACAACUUCAUUCUGUCUAAGGAGGAAACAGGAAAUUUC